GACUGCUACAGAGGGAUGUCCCUUAUUAUCAAAAUUAUGGCGUUACAUUCUUGGAAAACAAAAAGGAUAAAGAGAAAGCCGACAAAAUCAUUUGGAAAUUUGCUGGAUGCACUAACAGCCAUUGGCGACAAACGUCAUUUACUUUGCAAGGUGUUCAGAGAAGACACAGAUUUGUUAGAUAUCGCAGAUGUCCGACUACAAGAGGUUCCACAUGAUGAUGUUUUGAAUGGUCUUCCGAAAAAUCUUGGUAACUGCGCAAUACAGCUCGGAAUUGAGCUAGGGAUUACUAUGAGUUCGAUAAAUGAGACAAUGGUACGACAUCACAAGGAUAUGUACGACCAGAUUUCAGAUAUUUUGAGAAAAUGGAAAUCAUCAGGAGAAAUUAAACCUACAAUAUACAGGUUAAUGCUUGCUCUGGAACGUGUAGAUAUUGGAGGAUUGGAUUAUCUAAAGGGUGUAUAUCUAGGACAAUAACUUGUCAGCAAUCUUUUGUAGAAAAAUUAAUGUUAUUCAAUGAUCCUUGUAUUUCAACUUGAGAUGAUAGCGUAUAGAAGCCUAUAUACAUUUUAAGUUUGAGCGUUUAUCAAGGAAACAAUUAACUGAUUUCAAAUAAAAUGUUGUAUAGAACAAAAAUACAAUAUUAUACAAGCAAGAAUAGAUAUAAAUAAACAAGAACAUAAAAAAGAAAAAAAACUGCACUAAAUAUUAUGUUGGAUUUUGGCACAUUGAUAAAUUUUUAUUACCUUUUUCAUCAUGUUUGUUGUUCACACCUAAUGCUUUAGUUACAUAUUCAUCCGCUAUUAUGAGAGGUUUCUUACAAUUAUUUUUCAUCUUGUUUUUUUUUUUUUUUUGCUGUUUAAAUAUUCUUGUAAAUAGCUGUUGCUAUUUGUCAUUAGUGUAACGGUGCGAUUAUUGUUAUUCUAUCAGAUCAACAAAUACGCGAAAUGCAAGCACAUUGAAUUUGCAGAAAACGAAGAUAUAUUGGUAAGGAGUGACAAAACGCUGAAAGGUUUUAACAAUAUUAAGCGGUUAUUGUCAAAACACUCUAUAGUUAUUAUGUCAGAAUUUUUCAAACUGCUAUACUGGAAUGAAAAAUCAAUUUUAACAGAAGCAAGGUUAUUAUUGGUAAUUACGAAAAUGAAAUGGUAACAAAUAUUUGUAACUAUAAGUAUAUCAUUGAUUUAUGAGUUUUUGACAUACGCAGAUUAUUAUACUCGUGGUCAUUCUUAUAAUCAUACCGUUGUAAAUAAGUUUAAUGUUCGUCAGGCGUAAAUGACUUCUCAAACACUUAGUUAAUCUUUUUUCUUUUAAUCCUGAUAAUACGAUUUCAAAGAAUAUUUUUUUUCCAUAACCAUGAUAACAGCGAUAUCGGAUCUAUAUAUUAAUGUAAAAGAUGGAUUUUAUUUACGUAGUAUUUAGGUCAUAUCAAACAUUUAGAGAUUUUCAAAGACAAAACUAUAGCAUUUAAGACAGAAUCAAAAACGUUCAGCGAAUUGAUACAGUGCAUGGCCAAAAAUAUACCUCCCUUGAGUUUAUUUGCUAUAAAUUAAUUUCAUAUAAAAACACUUUUUUCAAUAAAAAUAUUUGGAUGGUUGAAAUAUUAUCAGCAAGGUGUAAAGAAAAGUCUCAAGAUUUUUUUUUUUAUUUGGCCAAAGUUUUGUUUUAUAAUCUGUUGACGUGAACACAGAUAAUAAAAUUUUACAAUUUAAUAAUAAUUUGGUUACAAUUUAUAGAACAUUUUUGUACAAAAAAUAAUAUGUGUGUUAAUCUCGUGAAGAAAAAAAUGAAAAGUAUCCUCAAGAAAAAUACAACCAAAUUAUCAAAUAAAUCUGUGAAAAUUCUGCUGAAAUUGGUACCGUCUUUCCUAAAAUCAAAUUAAAAAUGACCCCUAAAUAUUGUGUUGGAGAAAAUAUAGUUUUACAUGAAAUGUAUUAGGAGAAAAUCUCAAGUGACGUAUAAUCUUAGCCACACUUUGUAACUCAUAACAAUCGCUUUUUUUUACCGUUUCAUAGUUAGUAAGCAAUUUACAAACUAUGAUUGAUUACCUUAGCCGUAUUAGGCACAACUUUUUGGAAUUUUGGAUCCUCAAUGCUCUUCAACUUUGUACUAGUUUGGGUUUUAUAAAUAUUUUGUUAUGAGCGUCACUGAUGAGUCUAAUGUAGACGAAACGCACGUUUGGCGUACUCAAUUAUA